AUCGGCCCCCGUCUACUCUACUGUCACAAUGUGCCCAACGGUACAAAUUUCUGCCCUGCUUUAAGGUCUAACUCCAACGUCUUCUUCUUCUUCUUCCCAAUGCCAAAUCCAUGUAAUGAUGAUGACUGAUCACCUCCGUUGAAUUCCCAGUUAACCCCUUCUCUAUCAUCAUUUGAGAGAAUGGGAGUGGGAGGGCACUUCUGGGAUUUGCUCAAACCCUACGCUCGAACAGAAGACUUCGAUUUCCUCCGCAACAAACGGGUCGCCGUGGAUCUCUCCUUCUGGAUCGUCCAGCACGAAACCGCCAUUCGAGCCCACGCACGAAAUCCGCACCUUCGACUCACCUUCUUCCGUACCAUCAAUCUAUUCUCCAAGUUUGGGGCGUACCCUGUUUUUGUGGUUGACGGAACACCGUCACCAUUGAAGUCUCAGGCGAGGAUUGCACGAUUUUUUCGGGCGUCAGGCCUGGAUUUGUCAAGUUUACCGGUGCCGGAGGAGGGUGUUUCGGUUAAAAGAAAUCCAGCAUUUCUGAAAUGCGUGCAAGAAUGUGUGGAGCUGCUUGAACUUCUUCGGAUGCCCAUUCUAAAAGCAAAAGGGGAGGCUGAAGGACUUUGUGCCCAGUUAAAUGGUGAAGGUCAGGUAGAUGCUUGCAUUACAGCUGACAGUGAUGCAUUCCUCUUUGGGGCUCAUUGUGUUGUAAAACUCAUCCGGCCCAACUCCAAAGAACCAUUUGAAUGCUACAGAAUUUCAGAUGUUGAAGCUGGUCUUGGGUUGAAGAGAAAACACUUGAUAGCCAUUUCCCUUUUGGUUGGAAAUGACCAUGAUUUAAACGGUGUCCAAGGUAUUGGGCUUGAUACAGCUCUUCGUUUUGUCAAAUGUUUCAGUGAAGAUGAGAUUUUGACUAGGUUAAGUGAAAUAGGCCGAGGAGAAGCAUUACAGUUUCAGGGUGGGGUGAGAUCCUUCAAUGAUGCUUUCCCCAGUUUACAUGAGUACUCACCCAAGAAAAAAUCUCCUCAUUGUUCCUUCUGUGGGCAUCCAGGAAGUAAGAGAGCUCAUCUCAAGUUGGCUUGCAAAUUUUGCAGUUCCAGCACCAGUGAGGCUUGCAGGCAAAAACCUGUUGGGUUUAACUGUCAUUGCGGUUCUUGUGAUUUGGAAAGGAGAGACAAGGAGCAAAAGAAGAAAGCAAAUUGGCAGACAAAAGUUUGCCAAAAAAUUGCCAUGGAGCAGAAUUUCCCAAAUGUUGAGAUUAUUGAAAUGUAUUUGAGCAACAACCAUUGUGAUUUUCCUGCAGAUGGUUGCCCUAAUUUAUCAUGGGAAACUCCAAAAACUGAACUGCUCGUUGAUUACUUGUCUUUUCAUCAGCAAUGGGAGCCCUCUUACAUACGGCAAAGAAUGCUUCCAAUGUUGUCGACCAUCUUUCUUAGAGAAAUGGCCUCGAAUCCUAACAAAGAUUUGUUAUAUGACCAAUAUGAGUUUCAUUCUAUUCAGCGUUUGAAGAUCAGAUAUGGACAUCGAUUUUUUCUUGUUAAAUGGAAGAAAUGUGCACCUGCAAUGGACACAACUAUUCAUGCAGUGAAUCCCAAAGACUCUGAAAUACAAGUGGAGACAAGUGAACAUAGUGAAUAUGCUGAUCCAUUGAACGAAAUUGAUGCCCCCCAGAUUUGUCUUGAUGAUGGGUGCUGGUUUUUGGCGACAGAUGAAAAUAUGGAGCUUGUCAAGGCUGCUUUUCCAGAGAAAGUUGAUCAAUUUUUGAAAGAAAAGGAACUGAAAGAAAUGAAAUCAAGAAGAAAGAAAUACAGUACAGAAUCUGGCGGGACUCAGAAUUCAGAAUCACCAAAAACGAGAAACUUGCAGCUCAGCAUCACUGAGUUUUACCGUUCAACGAAAAUGCUUUCUCAGGCAAAGAGGGGGAAGAAUUUAGCCGAGAAUUUGGAGGAUGGUAUUGGUUCUUCUGAUGGAAAAAGGAAGGGGGUGAGUCCAAAGCUUUCCAAGUCUGCAAGACGCCGUCUUCUAUUUAGCUAGGGCAUUUAGCAUGAUACGGAUUUGCCCUCUGUAAUUAUUGUGAAAUUCGUAAGUAGCCUGUAUAUUUUUUUUUGGAUGGCUGUGACUUUUUGCUUGACAAACAUGAAAUCCUCUUGUAGUA